AGGACCCCUCUGGCGCUGGCUGUCCUGGGCGGUCAUCACGAUAUCUUGGAACUCCUCCUUGAAAGAAACGCCGACAUCGAAGCAAGAGACCUCAGUGACAUGACGCCACUGAACCUGGCGGCUAAAAAUGGCCAGGCUGCCACAGUAGAGUAUUUGCUUCAGAAGAACGCGAAAGCAGAGGCGAGAGAUCAUCUUGGCCAGACGCCGCUGCUUCAAGCGGCUAGAAGAGGUUAUGUUGACGUCACGCAAGUUUUAUUGGAUUGGGGUGUUGAUAUUGAAACGAAGGAUUAUGAAGGCUUCACGGCACUUAUUAGAGCAGCCAGCGGUGGCCACAUCGACCUCGCAAAGAUUCUUCUUCAAAAGGGUUGCUAUGUUGAGGCAAGGACUGUGAACGGAGACACGGCAUUAAUUUGUGCGGUCCAUAGCGAU